ACUCGGCAAAGUUGAAUGCCAAAAUCUGGUGAGCAACAACAAAGCUCAAUCAAAAAGAAGCGACGAGCCCAGAAAAACUGCACCCCGAAAUGGAGCAAACCGAAGUGGUAGUGCCCAAGACUCUGGAUGAGUUAAUUGCCAUUUUGCACAAGAUUUUUGAGAGUGACUGCAUCAAUGUUGAAGAGGUGCAACAAAUAAUGGAAUCAUAUGAGAGCAAUCCGCAGGACUGGAAGAAAUUCGCAAAGUUUGAUCAGUACAGGUACACGCGAAACUUGGUGGAUGAAGGGAACGGAAAGUUUAACCUCAUGAUCUUAUGUUGGGGAGAAGGCCAUGGCAGUAGUAUCCACGACCAUACAGACUCUCACUGCUUCAUGAAGCUGCUCCAGGGUCAGCUUAAAGAAACACUCUUCGAGUGGCCUGAGAACAAAAAAGGAGUGAUGGUCCAAAAAUCACAGAGAGUCCUGGUGGAAAACAAGGUGGCCUACAUAAAUGACUCCAUUGGCCUGCACCGUGUGGAGAACGGGAGCCACACAGAGACUGCUGUCAGCCUGCACCUGUACAGCCCACCCUUUGAGACCUGCCAGACGUUUGACCAGAGGACCGGCCACAAAAACACAGUCAAAAUGACCUUCUGGAGCAAGUUCGGUCAGAGGACUCCAUUUGAGCUAACAAUGUCACAAGAAAACAACUGAAAACCACAAAAGUUUGAUUAUGUGAGCAUUUAAUUAAAGGGCCUAUAUUAGACUAUUUUCUGAUCUAUGUUAUGACGUUUCCUCAUCACAAACAGACCAGAUUUGUGUUUUGUUUGAUUCACACAUGUUUAACACAAACCCUGCAUAUUUAGGUCGAGUUCUUCUCUCAAAGAGAAAACACUCAGUUCUACCUUGUGAUGUCAUGUGGCAAUACAGGAAGUUCCCCAUUGUGUUUUUUAAACUCCAUACGCCUUCACUAGAAUCAUUUGGAAAAUUUCAGCUCUGUGUUUUCCAAUAUCUACUGAAAGAAAGGUAAAUGGUUAACUUGAAAACUACUGCUUCGAGACAUCACAAAGUGGAACAGAACAUUUUGAGCUUUGAAGAUAUGGAUAAACUAAUAAUGCAGGGUAAGUUAAGCAUGUGUGAAUGAAGCAAAACACAACUCUGGGUAUGUUUUUGAGGAGGUAACAGCAUUAUAACAUAACUUGAAGUUCAUAGGAGUUAAUUUAGCAAAAUAUAGGACCUUUAAACAUUUGGAUUGUGAUUCAUUCCAAAAGGGAAUUGCUGUGUAAGCAAAUGCGCACCUACUAUGACUAAGCAUCCUAUUUAAAAAUGAGUAGCGGGCCCGUAGAAAACGACAACCCAGUAAUUAGAAUGGCUUUAUCGCUGCCCUAUGUGAGCUUGGCAAAUACUGAUGAGCACAGGACGAAUGCAUGAAUAGGCCUGGACAUGGACUCAAUCUGCCUUUUGUCUGCUAGGCCCGAGAAGACCCUUUUCCAAUAACAACAUUCCUGUCCAUCUGUGACCUGUGUACCCACUCCAGUUCACCACCAGUUUUAGUCAUUUACAAAAUGUUAUGAAUAUGCAAAAAUGUAGUAUUUUUACUGUUGAUUUGACCCAGUUAAAGUGUUAUGCCACUUGUUGCAUUGCCUGUACAGUUGGAUUAAAAUGCCAUGUUCCAUUUGUAUUUGAAACUGUGUAAAGCUUUAGAGUUGUGCUGUUUUUUUAUUGCAAUUGAUUUAAUUUAUUUGCAGGGUAUUCGGUUCAUCAAAGAAACUUAGAAAGAGCCCUAUAACUCCUUACAGAAUCCAUGACAUGUUUUUAUUUUUGAGACAGUCUCGGUAAUAUUUUUCUCAGGAUUUGAAGAUAUUUGUAGCGCAAAGUAUAGUUUUUGUAGUUGUAAAGAAAAUACCACUUAUAGCCUUAGCAAUUGUGUCCAUGGCUUUUUGGCAUGACUGCAAACUAUUAAACACACUUGCUCUUUCAAA